ACCGGCCGCUGUUCCUGAUGUGUUCCAGAGUACGUAGUAAAGGAGUGAAGUUUGACUGUAGCUGAAGUUAGACUACUUAACCGGCAGAUUCUCGAGAAAGUGAUUGGAUUCUUUGUAAACCAUGGCAGAACACAACUUUGCCAUUCCGAUGGCUGUUGUAACGCUGUUUUGGGGUUUUGUUGGAGGAGUUGUACCGUGGUUUAUUCCCAAAGGACCCAACCGUGGGGUCAUCAUUACAAUGUUAAUACUGACAGCUGUCUGCUGUUACUUGUUUUGGCUGAUAGCAAUCCUGGCACAGCUGAAUCCUCUGUUUGGGCCAGCCUUGAGCAAUGACACCAUUUGGUAUCUGCAGUAUCACUGGCCUUAAAGCACAAUUCACCACACCACAGACACAAACGAUUUUCUCAGCAUUUCACCACUGAUGAAGACCUUGAGGACCAAAACAAAAUAUCUACUCUUGUCACUCUCAGACAGUUUUGAGCUCGGAACCUGAUUGAUCUUGCCAUCGUUUUAUUCAGAUACUUUGUGAAGGCUCUUCAAUUCUCUGGGUUGAUGAAUUGGAAAGAGGACAGGAGCAGUACUCUGCAGCUCACAGUUCCCUCAGUCUGCUUUGAAUUCAAUAUGUUUUCCCACUAUUCUGUAUGGAAUUCUUGUGCCACUUGACAGACAGAAGAGGUAAAAGUGCAAGUUUCUUGUCUGCACAAAGCAUCAUUCAGCCUCGCUUUUUGUUUAGGUUUUGUGUUUCUGCUGAGUAACCCCCUAUUUAGUGAAAAGGUUGGCACGAGGCCCUGGUACGCGGGCGGAUUCUAAGCAGUGGGUGCAAUGCAGACUCCUCAAGAUUGCCCAGAGCCUUGGACAGGGGCCUGAGCUGACAGUCUUGGAACUUCCCAUCAAAGUAGCCCAAUCCCCCACCCCAUUUCCAUUCUUGAAGCCUUGAUGAGAACUCCAAAGGUUCUUUAUAAACCAUCAGGUUGCAGAAACUCUGACCCUAAAUUCCCCUAUGUCUGGUAAAUUUGAAGUUAUUGAUUACACUGAGGGAAAUCAGUUCAUGCUCUCAAUUCAUUUUGCCUUAAGAAUAUUUGAAUAUUUUCUCUGCAUGAGGAGUUUGUUAUUUGUGUGCCUUUUGAUCUGCUAAGGUAUGUCUGUUCAAUUAUGGAAAUGGAUGAUUGUGUUUUUCACCUCAAUGCCAUGAUUCAAUAGCACAAUUAACUGAUUUUGUAAUUAAGAUUGAUUGCUGUUAUUAUAUACAUUUUUUCGAUGCUCAUCGCCAUCAACAUAGAAUAUGUUUUUUUUUACUGGUUCUUCCAGAUUGCCAAAUAAUUACGAGUUCAUGUUUGACUCUUGAAUUGAAUGUCUGAUUGUUUGUUUGUGCAUCUGUGUCUUUUAAGUGGCUUUUGUUUUGCUAGGUCAUUACUAGUUCUGGCAAACCUAAAUUGCUGCAGAUCUAUAAUAUAAUGCAGUAUUCUUUAGUUUUAAAUCACAUCAAAGCUGUUUACAUGAUGAGAAUGAAAAUUAAAUUAUUUUCCAUUUAA